CAGUGUGUGUGUGUGUGUGUGUUGUCAUUAUUCUCCACUCUGCAGCUCAGAAUGGCCAGAUUCACUCAGACUGAAACAAGAAGGCAGCAGCAGCAGCAGCAGCAGCAGCAUCCUCAGCACAUCCAGCCCGAACUCUCCAGCCUGGUUUUCACCGGACCGGGGGUACCGACGACCCAACAGCCACUACUACUUCUCCCACAUCAGCACCAGUACCCGCAGAUCACAUUCCCCAAACCCAUGAACGGGUCAGAACCCAUUUCCAUCCUUCCGGAGAGCGGCAACAUGAAAGACCAAGAUGCCAUUAAGCUGUUUAUCGGUCAGAUACCGAGGAACUUGGAGGAGAAGGACCUGAAGCCGCUGUUUGAGCAGUUUGGGAAAAUCCACGAGCUGACAGUUCUCAAGGACCGAUACACUGGCAUGCACAAAGGUUGUGCAUUUCUAACCUACUGCGCCCGGGAGUCAGCCAUUAAAGCCCAGAACGCCCUCCACGAACAGAAGACACUGCCAGGGAUGACUCGGCCCAUCCAGGUGAAACCGGCUGACAGCGAGAGUCGUGGAGAAGACAGGAAGUUGUUUGUGGGGAUGCUGAACAAACAACAGACCGAGGAAGAUGUUUACCGCCUUUUUGAACCCUACGGAGUGAUCGAGGAGUGCACAGUCCUAAGAGGUCCUGACGGCAACAGCAAAGGUUGCGCUUUCGUCAAGUUCUCCACACAUUCUGAGGCUCAGUCCGCCAUCAGUGCCCUCCAUGGCAGCCAGACCAUGCCUGGUGCCUCCUCCAGCUUGGUGGUGAAGUUCGCCGACACAGACAAGGAACGCACCAUCAGACGUAUGCAGCAGAUGGUUGGCCAGUUUGGCAUUUUCAACCCCGCCAUCGCCCUUCCCUUCAGCACCUACAGCUCUUACGCACAUGCGCUCAUGCAGCAGCAGGCAGCCAUAAUGGCGGCAAGCCACGGAGGUUACCUUACGCCCAGUGUGGCUUUCCCUGCCACACAGAUCCACCAGAUGGGUGCACUCAACAUUAACAGCCUCCCACCCACCCCCAUGACCCCGGUGUCGGGUGAGUUUCAUCAAACCUUGGCAGGCCUCAGUUCUCCACCAGCCAACAUCACCACCUCUGCUGUACCCAGCAUAGUCACGCCGAUCGUCAACGGAUUCACAGGCAUCCCUCACCAGCCCAACGGACACCCCGCCGUGGAAACCGUUUACACAAAUGGACUCCCGCCCUACUCGACCCAAAGCCCCACUGCGGCUGACACCCUACAGCAAGCCUUCACAGGGGUACAACAAUACACAGCUAUCUAUCCAGCCACCACGCUGACUCCCAUUGGUCAGACACUGCCCCAACCACCGCAGGUCAUCCAGCAGCAACAGCAGCGAGAAGGUGAGGGACCGGAAGGCUGCAACCUCUUCAUCUACCAUCUGCCUCAGGAGUUUGGCGACAAUGAACUCAUGCAGAUGUUUCUACCAUUCGGCAGCGUCAUCUCCUCCAAAGUGUUCAUGGACCGAGCAACCAACCAGAGCAAAUGUUUCGGGUUUGUGAGUUUCGACAACCCAGCCAGUGCACAGGCAGCUAUUCAAGCCAUGAACGGCUUCCAGAUCGGGAUGAAGAGGUUGAAAGUCCAGCUAAAGAGACCGAAGGAUGCCAGCCGCCCUUACUGACACAGCCUCCCUUUAAUAUUCAUCGCAGCAGCAGCACAGGUUUUAGGGGACACACGAGGAUAUCUUGGAAAACUUUCCCCCCCUUUGAAAGUGAAACAUGUUUUAGAAAACCAACACUAAGGAAUUGUUUAAAGACAUAUCAGCAUUUACUUGUGAAGAUAAAGGCAAAAAAAAGAAAACACUGAACGAGGAGGCGCUUCGUCGGGGGACUUAACGGCAACAGAUGGCGCGGUGGAAGCAAGGCAAGAAGAAAAACUGAGAGAAAAAAAAGACUGAACAACAAAACUUUUCUUGUUGAGACUUGAAUUGUUAAUUAAGCAACAAACUAACAAACGAGAAAAAGAAGCAGCAACAAAUAGAUUUCUAUAUACAUAUUAUAUACACACACACAUAUAUAUAUAUAUAUAUAUAAAAUGAAAGAGGCGCUUGUGGCUUACUGGACAAAUGAGGGUUAAAACUUGAAGAUCAAGAUGAACAGUGGGAAAAAAGAAGCUCUUCUCCACACCCACUGACAGACUUUUGCUCUCUUUCCCUCUUUCUCUUAUUGUCUCACCGUCUCUCUCUGCCAGCGCAGAGAUCUUGGAGGUCACUGAGGUUUCCAUUAGCAACAGUAGAACUGCAAUCUUUCAUCCCUGAGGGACCAAAGGACCAAACGUUUUUAUUGUUCUGAGCAGUAACAUAUAGUAUUAAUGAUACUAAUACUACGAACUACUACUAAUAAUAUUAAAAAGACAUAUGUGCUUCAGGUUGGAAAAGAAACGAUGGGCUUUCUUUUACAUUUACAGCUGCCGGGUUUGAGACUAUGAAGAAAAAAGGAGAAAAAAAAAAAUGAAAGCUAUACAUUUUAGUGCUGUAGAAUAUGUGGGUUGGGUAUUGUUGCGGGCAUCUUUUCACACUUCAUCUUCAUCACCACGUUUCAUCUCUGAGCACUUGUAAUGAUGCCAAACAUGAACAUCCCAACGCAGUCCAAUUGGCCAUGACGGCACAUUGCAAAUGCAUAAUUGAUAGUCGGUGCACUCAUCACGAGCGGGAGCCGAUCCGUGCUGUAAUUACAACCCAAAUAUCAGCAAUAAUCUGACCAUAAAGAACCGAGCCAAACCUGCCAGUCAGACACCGAGCAGUAAAACAUCACAGCGUCUAUAACGGCUUAAUAAAAUACACUCAUGAGCCAAGCAGAGGUAGUAAAAAUGUCCACGAGAGUUGCCGAAGAAGCCGACUCCCUCUGCCAAGUGGCUUCUCGGCAGGACAAGACAGACUUCAUCCUCCUCCUCUUUCUCACCUCCAACUGCCAACAUCUCUCUUUCUUAAUAAGGUCAGUUGUGAGCGUUGAAAGCACAUUAUAAUUAGGAUAAUCAUACAGUAAUAUGGAUUGGAUGGGGAGCCUAACUGUAGGGCAAAAGAUCUGCACUCAGUUACACUUGAGUUUUGUGUCUGUGGUUGCAAGCACCUGAGUCAGCUCAGGGCCACCGUCUUCCUCCUCAUGCCAGUGCAGAUGGAAGAGUCCUCUUGGUUCUGGUUGUCUGAAAUGACUCCAAAAACGCAGUCUUUUAAAGUUUUUCUUUGCUUGCCUCUGUCAGUAGUAGGACAAAUCGUGCUUAAGCCUUCUUUUGCUAAGAAUCUGAGUUAUAAGUUGGUGCACUGAAUUCCAAAUUGAGCUUAUGAGGCAAUGCCUUCCAUUUUUACAUGAGUUUAAGGACGAACUUAGCUUAAACAACAAGUUCGCCUGAUGUGCUAACAAUAUCUGGCGGAAGUAUUUCGCAAAAGCACAAAACUCACACCAUCUUGGCUAAUGCUGUGCUAAUGACAAUAACUAAAAUAGUAGGCGAAAAUGUAACUUCGCUUGAGUGUUUGUGUAAAUAAAGGUAAGCUAACUAAGGCACACACAUAGAGGCAAGAUUGCUAACCAUGAUUAGCUUAACUGAAGCUUGCCAUGGUGUUUAUUUGCUUAAAUGUGAGCCAAAAGUGUCUGGGUGGACAGAGAUGCUACCUGAGCUAAUGAGUUAACUGACGUCCUUACUCACCAUUCAUUUAUUUAUUUAUUUAUUUAUGUUCCUCUUUUAAGCUCAAGCACAAUCUUAUAUAAUGAUAUAUAUAAUGCGACAGGGUGGACUGUUGCAUUAUAUCCGAAGUGGCCACAUUCCUUUCUGGGACUAGCAUGAGCGACUGUCAAGCCAAAAGACAGAAGGACAGAAAAAUCUUCAGUGAAACUUUUUUUUGUGUGACUAAAAUAUUGCAAAAUAGCGAUGACCCUUUUUGCUUAUAACAUGUUAUUUUGCUUGUAUAUUGUUUCAUUUUAUUUAAAGAUUCUCUAAAUAAAUCAUAAAUAAUGGAUGACAACAGAACUCUGGGUUAAGCAUGUCAAAAUCUAUUUUGACCAACAAUGAAAAUGAAAAUAAAAUAAAAAUAUAAUUGUACCGGUACUUUUGCUCUGACCUUGUGAGGGCAGCAUGAGUACAGGCGAAUACAUUUAGUCCAUCUCUGCUAAAGAACUUGGUCUGAACACUGACUAAAAAACAGAGAAGAUAAUAGUGGCCAUAAUCUCCGGAUGAAGGCUUCCUUAUUGAGCACAUGGUCAGGACUUGAAUGUGAAACAUCUGCACAUAUGGUUGAAAAUAUAUAAUGACAAACACCGUCAUCUGCGUGGCAAUAUUUCAUAUUCCAACAUUUAGUGUGGUUACUACAUACUGACCAGAGACAGUCGCAGUACAUGCGUGUAAUGUUAUACGCCUGGUAGACGGUGAGCAGCAGCCUGGCAUCACCAGACUUAAGAGGUCAAAUUGAGAGCAAAAGGAUCCAUCAGUUAGACAGCAGCAGGCAUGUAAGUGGAGCUGCGGCAGCUGCUGGGACUUGGACAGAACGGCAUCUCACUGUUGGCCACCUCACAUGUGGCUCCUGCACGGUGUAGUCACCACAUAUUCCUACAUUCACAUGUGGUUGCUCGAGGUGCGUCAUGUUUGCAGGCAUUCUUACAGAUGCACUUUGACAUAGAGAGAUGAAACGUGGUUCUUUUUCUUACUCAGACUCCAGUUUUCAGUCUCUUAUGCCAUUGCUCAUCUUUAAAGCCCAAUCCGCUCUGAAGAGCACUUGUGACUCUAACAACACCAGCCAUCAGCUUGCUGUCUUCAACAACUCAUCUCCUCUCUCGACCUGAAAUCGCACAUGUCGUUUCUUAUCCCCCUUUUCCACGUUUGCUCCCUUUUAAAUUGUUGAACAGGUCAGAGAAUGCCUUUUCUUGCCAUGAAUUGCCAAUUUUUUCACGCAUAUCAGCUUCAGGUGCCAGGUAACUUGUAUAAUAUUUCCUUGAGACAAUGCUCAAGGAGGCGCAAUAUAUGCAUCAUGUAGAAGCCGGUCUGCUGCAGAGGGUUGGCCUGGUUCGUGAGCAGAAAGAUGUUUAUCAUGAAAAUACAAUCAAAUAAUAGGUCGGAAUGGAUGGUUUGGUUGGCGUGAAAUUUAUAAAAUAAUCCAUAGAAAUGGAUUGAAUAGCCAGUAGUCAACAUUCAUUAACACGCUGAGGGGAGCACAAUGCUAACACGUCAAUCCGAACAUCGUGUUCUUAAGAACUAGGUCACUUCUGUGCCGUCAAUGUAAACACCAUUCAUGGAACUUUGGGCCUGGCUGUCAGAGCACAUCUGCUUUUAAAGACUGCGGUAUACACUUUCCUUCCCCAAGGCCACACGGGUUUCAUAAACCCUCUCGCAAAUCUUUUCAUAUGGGAUUCCUCCUGGAGAAGUUUUCUGAAUUAUUAAAAUCAAAUUAAAUUCAGGCGCUCACGACGGCGCGGGUCAGGCGAAUGAAAGAUGCCUGCUGUUGCUGGAGAUUUAACAAGCGCCAAAACAUCUUCAUUCAUUUCUCCACAAAAGAAAAGAGAAGGCAAACGUUAAAAUUGUUGCGAGGUUUGUUUGUGGCACGCGGCCGGGCCUAACACGUAUCAAGGAGGAGGAGGAGGAUUGAGACGGAAGACACCCGCUGAGUUGUUUUUGCAGCCAGCGUGUUUGAUAAGAACAGACAGAACAUCCACUUUUGAAGACCGCAGAUUGAUUUUCAGUCUAAUGAAGCUGCGUGUGGCCAAGCUAGAGUCGAUUUCCGUUGCAUUAUUUUCAUCCUUUGUGUCCAUUUACAUCACUCUUUCGGUAUAAUUUAUCAUCCUACCAUUGUGCCCUUUCGAUAUCAGCGCAUGCUCAGUGGGAGGUCUGGGGGAUGGUUAAGGAUUAUGGUACUACUUGUAUGAACAGUAUGAUUCUUUAACUAUUGUUUGAAUGCUAAGGAUAGUAGCUUAUUAUAAAUAUGAAAUCUGUAUAUUAUGGAAAUCAGCACAGGACCUUUGUUUGGGUGCGUAUGGGUUUGUACUAAUGUGGGGGAGGGGAGGGAUCACUUGGAAAAAGAUGAACUUUCUGGUUUCUCAGCACAAUGCUAACAGAUCCAACGACAUCAGGAAGUCUCGACUUCACGGCAAACAGAAGAGGAAUCUCAGUUAUUUUGACCUAGAAGAGGGAAAUGCUGUUUACAGGUUGUAAUGUUUCUUUCUUUUACAAGAACAGCGCCACCUGUUUUAGUGGCCGCGUCAGUACAGCAUGGAUUAACUGACAGGGAAAGCUUUUUUUUAUACACAUAUACCUACUGAAAAUGCAGGAAAAAAAAACAAUGUGUUCUGUAUUAGCCUGAGAAACCAAACAUUUGUUUCCCCCCCGUUUGACAUUUUCUCUUAAUACUUGCUGCUUAGAAUUAUGAAUAUUAACAAGUGAUGGUUUCAUAAUUUUCUAAUUAAUUAUCAGGUAUGUCACUUGAUUAUUUAAUUUAUUUAUUAUUUAUUUAUUUCUUGUUUCAUUUGUGGGUAUGAUAAGAUAAAGAUAUGUAUCUAAAAGGAAAUGCUUAUAGGGGCUUUUCUCUCUUUCUCUCCUUUUUUUCCAAUUUUACAAUAAAAGGAUGAAAUGGCGUAUAUAUCUUCCCACUUCGCUGUUCUGGUUCUGGGAGCUGUGUGUUUCGUUUAAUGAAUCUCUCUUUUCUACUUUCUUUGCUUUUGCACUCAAAAACACUGGAAACACCUAUGGCAUUUCUCUGCACCCCUUCAGUGUACUGUACGUCAAUGUUGUGAGCCAAUGUUAACUCGGAACAAUUGAAAUCUAAACUCAGGUAGAGCUUGUUCAUGCUCACAUGGAACUAGGAAAACUACGGUCUUCUGUUCUCAUUCAAGGAGGCUACAUUUUACCCUGGGAUGCCAACAUUAUGGUCGCACCCAUCACUCUGUGAACAAGAUUGUGUUCCUCUUAUAAUACCUUGAUAAUAUUGAUUCAUUUGAAAAGUUAUUUUAAGUGCAGUUUAACUUGCUUUCUCAUGAGAUCAAAACCUUGAAGUUUGUGCUAAGAGUUGUAGAGUAAGAGUUUGAGUCUGAUUGAUCGCAGAUAAACCGAUCACUCACACACUUUCUUUCACAAAAAAACAGUUUUCAGCGCAUCGUAACGUGAUGUCAAAACCAAA